AAGCUCACAUCUGGUGAGAGAGAAAGAGAGAAAAAAAAAGCAAAGAAAAAGAAGAAUGAUGAAGAAGCAAAUGACAAUAGCGGCGGCUCUUCUGAUUCUGAUGGCUUUAUCUUCCAAUUUGGAUAUGGUUGCUGAGGCUCAGUUAGGCCCUGGAGACUGCUACGACGGUUGCUCCACCGCUUGCGUCCAGCGCGACUCGAGAAAGACGGCCCGAUGCGAUCGCAAGUGCUCCAUUCGGUGUGGCCCAGAUGCUAAAAAGGCAAGAGAGACUGGUGCUUGAACUUUUAUAUUUACUAAGACCCAUUUUAGAUUUAAUUAUGUUGUAAUCUUCGUUUAAUAAUUUUAUCUAUGCAAAACAAAUUAUGUAUUGUUUAUGUUGCUGUUAGCUACUAGUACCAUAAUGAUAAUGUAAUAAACUUUGAAAUCUAAUGAAAACGGGACCAGCCGGUCUAUGUAAUA